AUGAUUGCUGCUGCUGCCUUGUCUUUGGCUGCUUUGGCCCUGCCUGCGGCCGCCUCUACCAUUCCGGCCCGCGACACCAAGUGUUUCCCCUACAAUGGCGCCGAGAUCCCCCAGGAUCUGUCUGCUCCUAAUGUGACUCGUGCCGACUGGUGGUGCCCUCAGUCCAUGGCCUACGGCUUCCAGGGCUUCUCCUACCCGCUCGAGAACGGCGACUGCAACGCAUACGAGAACUCUGUCGACGGCAUGGACCAGGACUUUAAGCGCAUGAAGGAAGACUUUGGCGCAACCCUCAUCCGCAUGUACUACCCCGGAUGCACGCAGCCCUCUGUCUUUAUCAACGCCAUGGAGGCUGCUGCCCGCAACAAUAUGGGUAUCAUCCUACAGGUCAACACCUUUUUCGGUGACGACAAAUGGAGACAGUCCCAGCAGGCCAUCUACGACGCCGUCUAUAACCCCAAGACAAAUGCCAUCGCUCCUUACGUUGUACACUCUGUCGAGUUCGGCUCCGAGCCCGUCGGUGACGGCAUGGACGGCGAGAACCUCCCCAACGACUUGGGCAAGCUGCGCAGCGGUCUCAAGGGCUUUGGCAUUCCCGUCGGCAUCAGCGAGGACUGGGACCGCCCCAACCGCAUGAGCAACGGCGACAACUCUGGCCUCGGUGACAUGGGCCAGCGCGUCAAGGACAACUCGGAUGUUGCACACAUCCACCCCAUGCCCUUCUACCACGACUGGAACGGCCAAGUUGACAACGCCUGGGGAUACAUCAAGUGGCAGACACAAUGGGUAGUCGACCACGUCGGCCUGCCUACCAUGAUUAGCGAGUCUCCUUGGGCUUGGUACGAUGGCGGCCAGGGCUCUCACAGCAACGGCCACGCCGAUCUUGGCAGGGACCAGUACCAGCGCUACUGGAAGGCCUUUGACGACAACUGCGAGUGGUUCAAGCAGGUCAAUGUCGGCUGGUUCAUCCACACUUUCAAGGGCGAAGGCGAGUUUGACAUUGUAGACCCUAACGGCGGAUACAUCAUCCCCAACUGGAAGCCCAGAAAGUGCUAA